AGCGAAACAGAAUUCGAACAGGUAUUUCUAGAACAACAGGAGCACCUCUGGUUAGAUGAGAAAGUGCAGAACUCUAAAUCCGGUCAUGACAGUCUUUUGCACUCAUCAAACCACGAAUCAAUAUGACGGAACUCAGUCUGACAGAUUAUAAUUUCCGCUAGUGCUUUGUUGGUACACUUUACGUGAGAAAUGAACAAGAUCCGGAGUUCGAACGUGAUAUAUAAGCAGCUGUAAGUCGUCGAUUCCGGAUCUUUCUGACACCAUCCUCAAAUCUGGUGUGCAGAACAAACGUCAAGUGGAGGUAAGCAAGAACUGAGCCAAGCCUUUGAAAGACCAAAAAGCAAACACUUCAUUCAUUCUUCAGUGAGGAAUGUAUGAUGAUUAAAUAUCUAGCCGUAAGUCGUGGCUCUGUGCAAACAUUCCGAUCGUUUUAGAUGACCUUAUUACCUUUCUAGACAAAUAAAAAGCCUCCUGCAUGGUUUGAAUGAGGGUUGACAUGUACUUGUGUACAUAUUCAAGGUAAAAAUGCUGAGUAAAGAGUAGUUGUAUUGAGUGACUCAAAAUAAGACGGCCUGCAAGCAUGAAAAAUUGUCUGAAACCUUCUGGACUGAACGCAUAAGUGCACAACUUGUAGCACUCAAGUCUAUCAAGUAGAUGAGAAGAAUCACAUAAACGAUUAGAAGUCACAACUGGAUUGUUUCAGUGAAAUAAGCACUUUUUUGGGGACUAGAAGAAAACCUCUUGGAAGUCAUAACGCGAGUUGGAACAAUGAAUCCAUUUUUUUGAAACAGCUCUGUUCGUCGAUGAAGUUGAAUUUAGUACUUGUGAAAGACCGAGCCAGGCGUUAUAUCUGGGCCAGUAGGUAUGAUUGACAACUUCUACCCCCUGCGUGACUUCCAAGAGGUCUUCAAACGAAAAGUUCAAUUUCACGUGCAGGUGUAAUCUUUAGAAAACCAGUUCUCGCUCUUUAUCGAAAGUUCCUCGAUACACCCACGAACAACCAGCUAUGUACUUCGUGAAGGUAAGUACAUCUCUCUAGUAGUCGUCCGAAGUAACCUCUGCAACCUCUGGAUCUUUACUCCAGAUCUGAAGCAAAGACUGUACAGAAAAAUAAAAGACCCUCUGUUCGUACAGACUCAGAAAAAACCUGAUCGAUGGUAUUGAUUGCAACUCAUGCUGGCUAGCGUGUACUAAUGCUGAGUUUCGUGUCAGUAUGGGCAUGAUACCGGUAGGCUGAAGUGGCAGAAAGACAGUACUGCAUCUUGUUGGAAUCUUGUGUACCCUUUGUACAAUACGGUACGAGAAAAGAGAAUCCGGGCUUUGAGGGUACAGUGCAAAACCAGGAUUGCAUGAGACUUCUCAGCUCACUAUUGUCUGAUCAUGUGUUUCGGCCCCUUCAUUCGUCGAGACUGUGGUAUAUCCUCUCUCCCACUAACGAAAUGCUGUUCUUCCAACAUGAGACACUCGUUUGCUUCGUGACCACAGGCAUGAUGAUUUCAGAAAUGAAACUUGAAUCACUGGACGAGCUGCAGGCAGUGAAGGCUGGUCCCAAUAGGUUUGGAGCGUUGAGGGUUGCGUGAAAUAUAAGACAAUAGGACAUUUGGAGAAGAAUAAGAGAGAUGCCUCGAUUGACCGCCAUGCUGAUGGAGAAUCCAUCCCCCACCCCCACUGUUGAGAGGAAUCAUGGAAACACUAGCUGAACAUCGACGCAUUAUACACAUCGAGCGAAAGCAGACUGUGAAGUAACACCACGAACAUACAGUAAGCACCGACAGAAGAUGAAGGGACGGCUACUGUCAAGAGGUCUAACGGUCCAAAUCAAGUUUUGCU